AUGGUCUUCUCGACAACUACCCUGUUCAGGGGCAUAGCUUGUCCAUCGAGCAAGCAGUGUGGGUUGACGAACUGCAUCUUCUCUCACGACUCAGCUGCUACAUCGACCUUGGAUGCGAAGGACAACGCGGCUGCUAACACUACGACUACGUCAGCGCCAGAACACAAUUCUUCUCAAGAGCCGCCUACUAAACGGAGGAAGGUGACAUAUGAGAACGGAGCUGCCAAACCUCUCAGCAGAGCCGACUUGAUCCGCUCAGAACUGGCAGAGUCGACCAAGCAGCCGCCAAGCCUGUCAAAGUCCGUGUCACCUCCGCCUACAAACGUGAGCCUCACGUCACGCUCUCGAGGUCUCGCGACAACAAACAAAGAUCCACUUCAAAAUGGUGUGGCUGGCGUUCAACCUCCGCCUUCCAAAAUCCAACUCGGAUCGCAUGAAACCCUCAAUCCGCGGCUUAUCGCAAACGACCCCGUAGGACACAGCAAGCGAUCUUUGUUCCUGAAGCACUUGCAUGGCGAGCUGGCGAAGCUGAACUCCGUGGUCGCCAAAGCGGAAGGUUUGGAGCCCAAGCAUCUUCUUCACCUUAGCGACUCGGAGAUCAUCAAGAUCGCUCUCGACGACGAGGAGAAGGCGGCGCGGGAGUCUUCCAUGCUGUAUCCGAACAUCAUCAAGCAGCGCAUCUCCUUCUACCGCAAGAUGACUCUCGAGCAGUGGUUGCAACAUCUCAAAACGACCUUCAUCACCGAAACGCCUAAGCAGAAGACAGAGAGAGAAGCCAAGCCGCUUGAUACUGGCUUGACACCAGAGCAAGAAGGCCUGAUAAUCAACCACGUCAUUGCAAACCAAGCCGAGCUCGUCAAAUAUGGCUACAUACCCACUCCACCGACAGAGGCCGAAGCAGCAGAAGCUGCUGCAGCAGUGGAAGCCAGCAAGAACUUCGAGGUCUGCGAUCGCUGUGGCGCCAGGUUCCAAAUGUUUCCCGAGCGCAACGACGAGGGGCAGCUGACGUCAAAUGGCACCUGCAAAUAUCAUCCGAGAAGGAAGAUCGUGCCGCAAAGGACGAAAGGCGACGUGGCCAGCGGUAUGACCAAAGAAGCAUAUCACCCCUGUUGCAAUGGCGUUGUGGGCUCACCAGGCUGCACUGAAAAUUCGGAUCACGUGUUCAAGACAAACAGUCCUGCUAGAAUGGCUGCCGUACUGCCCUUCAUCACCACGCCCGAGAAUGACCAACCGAAGACUGACAAGAAUGGGCGGCGGCUGAAAGGCGUCACCUUCGAUUGUGAGAUGGGCUACACGACCUUCGGGCUCGAGCUCAUUCGCCUCACCGCAGUCUCCUGGCCUGCUGGAGAUCAGCUGCUCGACAUUCUAGUGCGGCCACUCGGCACGGUCAUUGACUUCAACAGCCGCUUCUCUGGUGUGUGGCCCGAAAGCUUCGCGAAUGCACAACCUUACGGCGAAAAUGAAUCCACUUCCUCCAACGGCUUCACUACAAAAGACGCGACUACCUCUCCGCUCCCGAUCGUAGGCAGCCCGCAACGCGCACGCGAGCUUCUCUGCCAAUACCUCACCCCGAAAACGCCACUCAUCGGACAUGCGAUUGACAACGAUCUCAACACCGUCCGCCUCUGCCACCCAACAAUCGUCGACACCAUCGUCCUCUUCCCGCACCCGAGAGGCCUGCCGUUGCGCUUCGGUCUCAAGAUGCUCACCAACAGGCACCUUGGUCGCACGAUCCAGAACGGCGGAGACCAAGGUCACGACUCGCUCGAAGAUGCGCAGGCGACAGGAGAUUUGGUCAGGCAUAGCAUCGGCGAGAAGUGGAAGCUGCUGUCAGCACAAGGAUGGAGAAUGGGCCAAGACUGCCUCAUCCCGCCACCAUCUCGAGAUGAUCUUCCGCCAUCAAAGUCGAGCGAGGAGUUUGCGCAGCGGUUAUUCGAUGAGGCGUUAGAGCGUGGGAGUGGUGCGAAGAAGCGGAAAAAGAGGGGUUCGGGUGAUGAUAACGCCGAGGAUGGCAACAGUGGAAUUGGUGUGGGGGCUUUCUUGAAGAGGGAUGCGUAG